AUGGAUGUCUCAUUUGAACCAACCAUGGCUGGCGGUGGAUGGGGAACAGACGUUGGUAAUGUUUCCAUGACCCAGGCACCGGCUGCUUCUAGUGGCCAAUUUGAAAAGAUCCCUCUUCCCAUCUCACUGAAAGAAGCUGCUACGUGUAGAAGUGAGGACGAUAAGUUCCAUAUCGCAUCUUUUGGCUUUGUCAAUGUAAGGUUUUUAUUUGUGUGCUUUAUUAUUUAUGUUUAGGUAAAAGUAAUUGGUAGAGUUGAGACUAUUGAGGACAGUCCUACUGGGGAGAGAAACCUUACUUUAAUUAAUGCGAAAGAAGCGGAUUCUGUUAGCCUCAAAGUGAUCUUGUACGAGACUGUUCAGGUAAAUUUAGAGAGUUCUGUAAUCAAGAAUUAUUUAGAAUAAAACUGAUGCUUAUGCCGAAGGCGAUAUUGUGCUCAUCUUGGGAAAGAUAAGGAACUUCGACGGAGAGGUCAGCAUGCUCGCUUUCCAUCUUCAGGUGAUUACGGAUCCCAAGAAAGUAGAAUGUUUUCUUUUGGAAGUUGCUUUGGCCAACAGAUAUUACAGUAACGUAAGUUUUAAUAUUAUAUCUGCAACUGGUUCAAGAAUUUUCCCGAAAGAGUCUCAAAUGAGAUUGCAAUUGAGUUGAACGGGACUGUCUUCAGCAAUGCACCUCCAGAAGUCAGAAACAAACCAGGCCAGGGUCAAAAUAACCAGUCCGGAUUCGGGGGAAUGGGAGGACCCGCAGCUACAGCCACUACUCCCAAUGCCCGAGGGCUUUCUGGAGUCCAAGCGAAGGUAAUUUGAAGAGAAAUGAUAAGAGUUGGAAUUAAAAAAUACUCUAAAUUAGCAAAAAAUAAUGCUUGUUGUUGCGCGGUUUAACAUGGGGGUUUUAUAGAUACAUAAGAUGGAAACGUCUGAAUUGGGUAUUUUAGCUGGUCCGAGUUAUCCUCACUCAUUUUAAACCUAAAAUGUUGUGUUCAAGGGAAAUUUCUGAAAUUUGCGAUAUUGUGAACGAUUAUUUCCGGAAGACUAGGUUCCAGAGAAUUACAAAAUUAGGCUUUUUACAAGAAACAGAAAGUUUAUCGGUAAAAAAUCAAAUGGGAUACGAAAUCGGCCCCUGAAUGUACCUAACAUAUUUUUCUGUUUGGGAGUUUUUGGAUAAACCAUAUGAAACGGAUAGAAACAGAAAUUCUCAGCUAGUAAGAACUUGCCUAAAUUUGUAAAUCUGGCCCUCCGGAAAUUAUCGUUCACAAUGUUUUUCAGAAAUUUCUCUUGGACACAAAAUUUUAGGUUUAAAAUGAGAGAAUUUUUUAGGAAAGGAAAAAGUCGUAGUGCAGAAGAAGAUGCGAAAUUCGCUUUCUUUCUAUAUUUUGGAAAGCAAAACAAGAGAACGGCUUUCGAUCGAAAUAGCAAACAAAUUUAGCUUUUUUUUCAAAUCCCAAAUCGAUUAUUAUUUCUUAACUUUUUUAACUCUAAAAUUUUAGAUCCAUAACGUAAUUCAGCAGAAGGGUGGGGAAAGCGGCAUCCAUGUCGAUGAAAUCAAGAGAUCCAUCGGAAAUGUCGCCAAGUUCGACGAGGAACUCCAGCAUCUGGUUAACGAGGGAAUGAUUUAUUCCACCAUCGACGACUACCAUUACAGCGCUUUGUGA